AUUACAUAAAAUAUGGAGGGCAAUAAAGACGAAGCAAAAAAAUGUCUUGAAAUUGCCCGUCGAUAUCACGCCAAAGGCGACAAAGAAAAGGCUAAAAAGUUUGUGAAUAAGUCACAGAAGCUUUAUCCUUUAAAAGAAGCCGAAAGUAAGUGCUUUAGCGUGUUUAAUUCGUACAUUUUUUGCCUCAGUUUAACUGUAGCUAAGCUUUUCAACAGAACUGUUUAGAGGUUUUAAAUGUGUGUUUUCUUUAUAGAGUUUAGUGUUAAGGUCAUGUUAAGGUUUUUUAAGAUUUCUAAUCUUAUAAACUUCAAUAGUUUCCUGCUUAUGCACCGUCACAUAAAAACGUGGCUGUUCAAUUUCAUUAAACUUUUGUGCUUUGUGCGUGACAUAUAUAAGUAACAUAUUGGGAUUUAAAUAUGGUUAGUUACAGUUUACUUAAAUUAUAUUUGAAUGUAAAAUCUUGAUGUUACAAAUAUUAAAAUAUUUUUCAACAGAAUAUUUUAUAUUUGCUUUUUAUGAAUAGAUAAACAAGGUAAAUAAUUUUAUAGUCAAUGUCUCCAAUAUUUCAUCAAUGAUCAUCAGUAAAUUAAUAUUAACUUCCUGUCUUCCUAUAAACAAGGAAUAGUUGCAGACAUGCUUGUUUAUCUAUCAGACUUAUCUAUCAGGUUUAUUAUGUUGCUUUGGAAUGUCACCUUGGCUACAGAGCCAUGUUCUUGUGAUGAUUGGCUUCUAUGUCACAUAAACGAUCAAAGGCCUUCGAGGCCGACUCACGGAUGAGAUCAAAUUAAUUAAAGGGGGAUAUGAUUUACAGCAGUUUUUUACAAAUGGGAACCGUGCAAGGGCAAGGACAUUAUUUGGUAAAACACAACAUAAUAUAAAAUGUUCCCGAACUGGGGCGAAGAUCUUACAGGUUUACACAGUUUAAUUUUAACGACAUCCUCGAUUUUAACAAUAAGAGACCGGUCAUCAUUUAUGGAAGGGGGGGGAGGGAAAAGAUAAGGGGGGGCAUAUGUAGAAAUAAAUGACUAGAAGGGGGGGGGCUAUUAAAUUUUUUCAAGAAAAUGACGGGGGGUUGCAAUUAAACUUGAAGGAAUUUGCUUAAUAACCUGGUAUCCAUUUGGUUGUAAAUGUUGCAACUAAAUCAUGGUCACUGAUGUGAAAUAGUCUGGAUUCAUCUUGUCUUGUGUGUGCUGUAUGCAAAUCAGUCUUUACGGAUUGCAGACUAGUUAAAUUGACAAUGUAUUAUUACAUCAGCUCUUGAUGUAGUUAAAUACAUUUAAAUUAAGCAGUUAACAGCGUUUGUAUUAUGCAGGCCACAUCCGCUGAAGGAAGUCUGUGACGUCAUAUCGAUCAAAGGGGGUUGUUUCAUGCCUUGUGAUCAGUGCUUGGGUCUGGGUAUUCAUUCUGCCAUUGUAUGCUUUGCCUAGCUGCAGCAAGUUUUGUGCUUCGAUACCUUUUCCCGACCCACCCACCCAUGUUCAUUCUAAAAGAUUUUAUCUGGUAGCUAGUAUAUGUCAUUUUAUUUUAUAUAAUUUUAAAUCUCACAUAAAAUAGGAUGUAUAGACCACUAUACAUUGUAUUUCGCAGGUAUGCCUUUGCAGAAUUGUCAUUGCUAUCUCCUUUUGCUGCUAAUAUUACUGAUUGUUACUCUCAUUGUUGCCGCGCAGCUGCUAUGGCAAUACUUCGUACCAUCAAGUCUAGUUGCAGCCUUAAACAUGGUUACAAUCGCCCAGACCAAAUGGAAACCUGAUUUUAGUGUUAUAUAUAAAAAUACUCCUCUUUUAAUUAUAAUUUUCUGCUAAUAAAUAUAUAUUUUUGGUCGACGUUAAUAUCUUGCCAGUUCCAUAUUCUUAUUUAAUAAUUAAUACUAUAACGCCUGGGUAUCCCCAUUUGACGAGUAAAAAUGAAAAUGGGGGGGGGGUCAAAGAAAAAUAUUCUAAUAUGCAGGGGGGGGGCAUCAUUAAAUUUCUGCCAUUUAGGGGAGGGGGGCUUUCAAUUUUAAAAAUUUAGAAAAGAAAAAAUUCCCCUCCCCCCCUUCCAUAAAUAAUGACCUGUCCCUAACCAAUAUCAACAGUCUUGAAAAAACAAUCUGAUAGAUUAUUAUAAAACUACACACCAUCAAAGCAAAUCUAUAUAAAAGUACAAUACCCGUAGCUGUCAGGUGUGUAUAGUGUUCAACAGAAUAAUUAUAAGUAUAAAGCUGUACCUAAUACAGUCAGUAUCAGUACAUCCAAUGACUGUGGCUUUCCGAUAUGUACAGUGUUAAACAGACUGACAAUUUAAACAUGAUAACUAUAAUAAGUAUAAAGCUGUCCCCAAUGUAAUAUAUCAAAUGACCGUAGCUGUCCGAUCUACCGUGUUGAACAGGACAAUUUAAACAUGAUAGCUAUAAGUAUAAAGCUGUAACCAAUACAGUACAUGAUGCAUCAAUGACCGUAGCUGUAUGAUGUACAGUGUACAGUGUUGAACAGAAAAAUUUAAACAGAACAACUAUAAAACAGCACCCUUAUUGGUACAACGGUACAGGUAGCUGUCCAAUGGCAGUACAGUGUUUAAGUAAAUCCAGGUGGUAAUGCUGCCUCAGUGUCCAAUAUUCUUUUUCUUUUUAGACCAUUUAUAAUUGUUACCAAACUGUGAAUAAACAUAAAUAUCUACAUUGAAAAGGGAAUGGCUGCAAAAAUUUCAAUAUCAGUCCCCCACACACCACUGUUCCUCAUGUUGCUUGUGGCUAAAUAAUGAUCUACUGAACUAUUCAUAUAUGGUCUAAGGACAUGUUCUAUACUGUUCAUGUGAUCCACUAUUUUUUGUCCUUAAAAUCAUGUGGUAUGUUUGUCUACCGGUUAAAAUAUACGACAGUGCUCUAAAUAAACAAUUGCCAUCCCCAGUAAUCCGACAGAGUUUCGUUGGAUUAACUAGUGGUUUUGAUGUUGUUUCAUUGCGUCUAAAUAUAAGUGGGACAUUCAUCAAAGAGCAUAAGGACAGCUGAAAUUCUCCUGAUAGAGGAUAAAAAUGAAGCGAUUUAUCGAUACCCUGCUGAGACUCGUGCGUGCCAGCUGAUACUAGGCUACAGUGCAAGCGCAGUCAUGAAAUAUACAACGGCAACGUGACUUUAAUACCAAGAUUUUGUGUCGUGUUGCUUCAAGUAAGACAAAUAUGUCCUUUGUAUUCCGUGACAGCUAAAACAUGAAUUAUUUAAAUAACAUGAUUAAAUUUGGUAAACAAAAACUCUUUCAAUCGACAGAAACUAUGGAAACAGUGUUGAAACGGUGUUGAAACACAGCUGACAGAGGCGCUCGAAAGGCACCAGAAAAUGUGAACACUUGUAUAUAUAUUGAACAAAAUAUUGUUAAUAUUUCAGCUAAAAAGGUAGAUCAGUGUGUUAACAGCAGAUCUGUUGGGUGAAGUAGAAAAACAGAUAACAAUUAAGUCAACUAAACAAAAACGAAACACUCACCUUUUAAUUUAACAUACGCUUGUCAAAAAGUCAAAAGUUGAAAAGAACGUGAAGCGUGCUCCAGCCCAAUUUUCGGUUCCAAAAGACCCGUUCGCAGGCAAACACUGCGCGCAAAGCAGGCUGGUCAUUUCCCAUUGUUUAACUGCCCCCACUCAAGUAAACCACAAAGACCGCAACAUCCGUGAGUCAAAAAUGAGAUGCUUCAGUGGCAUAGUCAUCAGUCUGAGCAAGCACCUCUGAUUUUGUGGGUUUGAUUCUCACUAUGUCUCAUGUGUAAAGAGUCAGUCAAUGCUCUGCCGAAAGUUGUGGGUUUUCUCCGGGUGCUCCAGUUUCCUCCCACAGGGAAGUUGACAGGGUGGGUUAGGAUAAACACAGUUAAGAAAGUAAUAUCACAAUUGUUGUAAGGAUAAAAUACACGUGUAAAAAAUGCUCAGGUUGAUGCAAUAUUGAUGAAAACAGGAUUGAACAAUGUUUUGCUGCCCACAUUGUUCACAGUUGUCAGCAAUAUUGAACAAUAUUGUUAGACCCGAUUCAGGCUCAACAGUAUUGUUCAGUACUGUUGGCAAGUGUGAACAACGUGGGCAGCAAAACAUUGUUCAAUCCUGUUGAGCAGCGGGCUCGGCGUUUUUUGCCAUGUAGUCUAGGCUACGUAAGUAAUUAGGUAAGCGUAAUACUUAUGUAAAGCAUAUUUGAUUAUAUCCACAUAUGACUGUAUAAUGUGCACUAUAGAAAUAUUAAUCCUAAUCCUCUAUAGACAAGGUGACAUACAUUCUGGAAAGGUGUAUUGUUAGAUUAUUGACACACUCUUCCCUGCAUAGACGGAUUUUCAGAUUUUUUUUGUCAAAAAAUUAUGGGCAGGGUCUUAGCUAGAAGGCUGUGUUGGCCGUGUUAUCAAGGCCAAAAAUUGAAAAAUGUAAAAACACAGCUAGAUGAAAUGAACACGGUUUCAUUAUUUAUUUUUGGCUGUGCAUGGUUCAUAAAAUAAGGUGCUACUACUUACAACAUAGAGAAUUUCUUUGUAAAAUUUGCUGUACCGGUAGUUGUUGAAAUUGAUAAAAGUGAUCCAUGAUGUUGUAAUGAUAGAUACCAUUAUCACCAUAUGGUUGUUAAUUAAAAAGGCUUUAAAUGCCCCGAGGGUUGCUAAAGUAAUUUAUUAUAAUGUCAGUGCGAAAUAUGAGCAUAUGCUCGCCUUGUAUUUCAAGGUUGAAAAGCAUAGAACAACCACAGGUAUAGUCUAUUGUUGACAAGCAUAACUGGAAUCAUGCUUUCGGCUAUUCAAGGCAAUUAACAUGCCUGGGCGCAUGCACCCUGGAAGUUUAGAAACAUGCCCAAGAUAUAAAGUGCUAUGUAGCUAAGACCCUGAUUACUGUAGGGAUGGGGUGCAUAACAUCAUUUUGGGGCACAGUUGCUAAUGGGGGGAAGGGGGAAGGAAAAAAAAUUCAGAAGAUUUUGAGAUUUUUGGUCUUAUUUAGUUCAAAGUCCAAGUGUUUUUAGACUUACUUAGUUCACAAUCCUUAUUUGAAUCACAUUACUGUCAUUUAAUCCAGUGAGCAUUUAAAUUUCUGCUAGGUGCAAAUGUCUCCUGGUGGGGUGGGAAAGUUUUAUGGCUAUGGGGGUGCAAAAUAUUUUGGUGGUGCACACCCCCAGAAAAUCCUUCUAUGCUUCGACGCAUUUGGCCUGUUAUUUCCUGUGAACAAAACUAGUGUGAGCUACUGUAUGAUUAAACAUAAGAUGUGAUGGUAAACUAGUCUUGGUAAACCAUUAAGUUGCAACCUACUUUAAUUAUUGUUUUGCUCUAUCCAGGCCUCGAAUUUCCCUGAAAUCAAUCGAUGGCAAUGGCAUUAAAAUUGCCAGUUUCCACAGCAUUUUUUCAAGUUACUGUAAUAACAGUUUUAUUGUUACUUUUGGAUUGCUGACAAGCUAGAAACAUGUUUUCACAUUUUGAAGAAAACUGAGACUAAGAUAGUAUAGUUUACGCAUGAUUUGAUCAACACCUGAAUUCAAGUAUCAAAAUAGUAAUGCACAGUGAAUAGUAUAAAAAUUAUACUACUGUAUACGGCAAGAAAUUGCCGUCGUUGCCGCAAUGAUCCACAGUAUUUUGUUCUCCCUCUAUGGCAAAUGCCGCGAUAAAAUUCUAAUACCAGACAAAUUUUACUCAUCAUGGGGAAAGUACUGCCACUCUGUCUCAAUGGGUUAAUCAGACUAUCCGCCCACAUGUCUUGUUAAGGUAUAUGUUUACACACUGCGAUUUGUUGUGUACAAGUCAUAUUGUGGUGUAUGAAAAUUAUCGCUGACACCACCAUUCAUCUUCGUUUAGACUUUAUAGUUUAGAGCAAGAUUUGAAGUGCAUCAUUACCACUUUAUAUAUAUGUGCAUAGUCGAUUACGCUACCCUUACACUGUAAUUUCUGCACUUUUCUUCACUUUUUAAAACUACGUACUCAUUCUUACAUGUUGAAAUUUUAGAGUUGCUGCAAGAACUUGAGAAAAAAGCUACAACACAGACUACGAAUGGUAAUAUUCCAAAUGGUUCAACUCAUAAAGCUGACAAAGAUAAAGACAAAAAUAAAGACACAGAUAAAGAAACUGCAGAAGAAGAUGAGAAGACAAAGGAACCUGAUUAUACUCCUGAACAACUAGCUGAGGUUAAAAGGUAAAUGUUAUGUGUACGUACUCUAUUUAUAUUUACCACCUUUAUUUCUUAAAAAGGUGGCUAAAUCUGUUCAGCAUUUUGAGUGAAGGCCCUUUGUCGAGAAGUUAGUACUUCCCGACGAAUGGCCUUCGCUUGAAGUUCUUCUAUUUUUUAGGUGCUGGUAGUUGUAUCUCCAAAGCAAUUCUAACCAUUUUACUUGCACUGUGUUCUAAUGCAUCCCACUUUGUUCUGUUACUCUGUCUGACGCCAGACAAUUUUACUUGCCAAGGGGAAAGUGUUGACACUCAUUGGGCAAAAAAAAAGUGGGUUUCCGGUUUCCCGACCCUACCUAGCUUUUGGACGUCGAAAUCCCGACCCUAAACUUUUUUAUUGGAUCAUGCUUGUAAGUGUUUCCACUUAGAGCAAAAAGUUUGUGGAAAAUUGAAAUUUGAGGCAAUAGUAGGGAAAUUUAUCUUUGGAUGUGGAAGCACUGACUAAACAAAAUGAUGUCCGGUUGUUAGGAAAAUUAAAAAAAAAAGUUUUAAAAAAAAAGUUAAAACCGACCUACCCUACCUAAGUUUUUAUAAGAAGAGACCGGAAACCCACAUUUUUUUUUGGCCUUGGGUUAAUCCAAAUACUGAAAACCUUUUCCUAUCAAAAUUAAAAUUGACUGGUAUUAUAAUAAUAUAUAGUUUAAUUUAAUUAAAUAGAGAAUAAUACAUGGAUGCGCGGAAAUACGAGAAAUAAAUCUGGUAUUUCCAAGCAUCAAUGUAUUUUGCUGUUUAUUAUACAAAGGACAGUCUUUGAAAAGCGAUAAUUUUCACAUGUGAAAUUAUUACCAGUGCUUGAAAUCUUUAUAGAGCACUAUACUUUAUUUAUUUUAUAUAAUAAAAAGAUUUCUUAUAUGGAUAUUGGUAUUUUACCGGAAACUAAAACACUCAUAUUUGCAUGUACAUGUAUUUUACUAGUGAAAUAUGAAGAAAAAAAAUGACUUGCAUCCCUACUGGAUAUUACAAAAUUUAUUACCCCGGGCAUUUGUCGCUCACAGAGAAGAUCGCGGCCACAAGUUUCCUUUGUUGUAUGCCAAAAUGGACGACUAUUAAAUACGUUAAACAAAUUUUAUAUUAUAUUAUUAAAGUGUGAAUCAAUGUUUAAGAAUUUCCUUCAGUCCAUAUUAUAUAUAUUGUAUUUACAAUGAAAAACUUUCUGCAAUAAAAGCAAGUGUGUCACAGCCUUUCGUCGAUGUUUUCAUCUGAAAUGAACACGAUAGUUUUCCUUGUUUUUUUUUGUAAAUUCCCAAAAGAACAAUUAACAGAGGUAUAAAUACAAAUUGUUAAAACACAUGUAAUUAAUUUAGUACAUUCUUUGAAAUUGACUAAUUUGUCGGCCCGAGGGUGGGGCAUUUGUUUCGUUUUUCCUCCCAAAGGUGGGGCAUUGUUCCUUUUUUUGGCCCUACCCCAGGGCAUUUGCACGAAAAAAACGAAAAUUUACCAAUGCCCGGGGUUGUCCCGAGGGAUGGUCGCAGCUGGAAUUGACUGAUGCAGAAAUGGAAUAUACUAAGCUUGAUUCUGAUGUUAUGUCUUUUGUGUAGGAUAAAUAAAUUGAAGGAUUACUAUGAAAUACUUGGUAUUGAAAAAGAUGCAAAAGAUGCAGACCUAAGAAAAGCGUACAAGAAAUUAGCAUUACAGUUUCAUCCUGAUAAAAACAGAGCUCCUGGAAGUACUGAAGCAUUUAAAGGUACAGUACAUAUGUGUGUACAUGUAUGUUAGAAUGGACCCAUUACCUAAUGAACAAAAUUUUGAUCUAGACAGGUCUAGACAACAAUUUUAUCACGGCUUGAAAGAGCAUCACAAAAUUAGUAAUAUUCCGAAGUUUCGUUGCGAAAUGUUGUAAAAUGCGGAUAAUAUAGCCCUGCGAAGUUUGCCGUUUUUCAGUCAUUUUGUUACGCACGGGAAAUUGAUACCUUUUUUCAGAAAGCGGUAUCAAUUUCCCGUGUGUAAUACAAAAUGACUGAAAAGCGGCAAACUUUGCAGGGCUAUAUUAUCCGCAUUUUACAACAUUUCGCAACGAAACUUCGGAAUUUUGUUCAUUAGAGAAUAGGUCCAUUCAGACAGAGUUAUUUCUCUAAGAGUAUUCCUUGACUAUAAUCUUGAACAGUCUGUGUCAGUGUACUGUAGGUAAUGUCAAUAAGAAAGCUUCGGAGUUUGGAAGCAGAACUUUGAUGUUUUGAGCGAAAGCCCUUCGCUGAAAGAAUAACAUUUCCCUUGACAUUUCUUGUGGUAAGAAGGAAAUAAUUUCGUGAAACCAAAAUAUGGCAUGACCCAUGGUCUAUACAAAUUAAAAUAUUGGUUCGUCAUUCUUCUGAGUGUGCUGUGAUUGGCAGAUUAGUUUGUCCUCUAAUAUACUGUACUGACUGUAGGUACAGUAGAUUGUUAGCUAGAGUAAAUCCGCAAAGUAGGGUGUAUUUGAUCACAAAUUAUUCUGCAAUAAAAUGAUUGUUUCAAAGCAAAAUUUACCAAAGCAUCUGGGAUUGCUUUCUAUGUUAUUUUGGUGUGCUGGGUCUGGACCAAAAUUUUCCUUGGCAAACAGGGGAGGUGUUGUUUUACAAACAGGGCAAAAUGCCCCCCUCCCCCCCCCCUCGACGGCAGUGGUGGUAUUUGUUGUAACCAAUAGAUAAUCCCAGCUAUCGACUAAUUUUUUAUCUAGACAAGAAAGACGAAAUAUAUCGUUAUAGCUCAAAAGAGCAUCCCACAUACAAUUAGUAUUUCCGUAUUUUACAACAUUUCGCAACCAAACGUUGCAAUUUCACUAAUUUUAGGAUGCUCUUUUGAGCUAUAAUGAUAUAUUUCGUCUUUCUUGUCUAGAUAAAAAAAUAGUCGAUUAGCUGGAAUUGUCUAUUAUAUUGUAUUAUGUUUUGAUGAGCUAAAUGUUUUCUCACUGUAUUUUCUAGCAAUUGGUAAUUCAUUUGCAAUCCUAAGUAAUCCAGAAAAGAGAAAGAAGUAUGACUUGUAUGGACCUGACUCACCAGCCUUGAAUCAUAAUCACAGUCAUUAUCAUCAUGAGUUCGAAGGUACUGUUACUACUGUACAUAAAAUGUUUAUACUCAGGGUCUGAAAUUUGCAGUAUCCAAUUAUCUACAGGAUACUAAAAUUUGGUUUUGGAUACCAAAAUGUGAAUGACGCGUAUACCAAUUGGAUAUAACAAAAUUUCAAACAUUAGGAUAAUGCUAAAUGUCUCCAGUGGUCUCCCAAUAGCUUUGAAUACUAUGUGUCUGCCUUCUUGAAAAUAACCAGCCUUUGAUUUCCAACUUGAUGCUCUAUACAGUAGUUGUUGACUGUCUAGUUGUUGUAAUUUAUGACAAUGAGAGACAUGUACUGCUUACUUACCUUGAUGGUUCAGGGAUGCCAAAAUGUAUGGCAAGUUGUAUCCAGAAGUGGGUUACUGGAUUGAGAGAUGGGAUACUAGAACUUUGAAUCCUGCAUGGUAUCCCAGUGGUAUUUAUAUAUAUUGAAAAAAAUGUAAAUUUUAGACCCACAAGAAUUCACACAUGUGCUUGUACUAUCGUAUCAUACAUAUGCAUGAAUUAUUAUAACAAUGGUACAGUACAGUAUGUAGCUAAGCAUGUGAGUUAUCUGACUGUUAAAAGUUAUUGGGCCUGGGGAACCUGUUAUUGGAGCCUCAACUCUGUGGGUAUGCCAUACCCUUUUGAGUAAAGGCUCAGCUCUGUGGGUAUGCCAUACCCUUAUUGAAGUUAUGUGUUGAAGCCUGCGAUUUGCGGGCUAACGCGCGCGUUAGCCCGCACACAGGGCUCCGCAAAUCACAGGCUUCAACACUGAGCUAUAUAUUUCAUAGGUAAUUCUAAUACAUAACUUCAAUAAGAGCCGGGAUGGGCUCCCUGAGGUUUUGGGUUAUACAGUAAUUUUAAUAUAAUGAAAGUUCAAUGAAAGCUAAUCUUUAUACUGUAUUCUUUGCUACUCCAAAAUUGGUGGAAAUUCUUUAUAGAUUUUUACAACCCAAGUAUUUGAAAGGCAUAUACAUGGGAUGGCAUGUUGACUACUGUACGUCAGUCAUUCACUUUUUUUUUUACAUUUUCAGCUGAUAUCACACCAGAAGAUCUCUUUAACAUGUUCUUUGGUGGGAUGGCAGGAAGUAAGUCAUAUUAUUGAGAUAUUUAACCAUCUUUUAUGUGUCUGGUAAUUUGGGAAACAUUGACGUACUGUACUCUACUAUUUUUUUUCAGACCAAGUGUUUGUACAUCGGCGGCAUCCUCGACGACGGAGGCAUCGUCAACACGAUGAUGAGGAGCAAGAAGUACACGAGGUGAUUUACUGAUUUACCAUUUUCGAACUAAUUUACUCAACUUUAUAUUGGAUCUGGAGAGUUUUCUUAGAACUUCAGUCUAAACUGUUCUGCCCAGCCCCUUGCACCCCCACAUUAUCCAUCUCUGCCUUUCUCUGCCCUAUGGAAAUUGGAAAUUGUCAUCUCUUUCGAGAUGUUCAACCAAGGGAAAACUUGCAGGGUUUGUAGAGUUAAACUACAAGCACCCAGCUGUCAACUGCAUAUUGUAGGAAUCAGAAUCUGAUCACAGAGAUGAAAGACACAAGCACUGACAUGUGUACCGUUAACAGAGUUCAAUAUAAUCGUGGAAAUGUGGUGUGACAUUAUAUCAGACCAACCCACGUUUUGGUCGGACAUGAUCAGACACUAAUUAUUUAUAUAACUCAGGAGAGACACUUAUAUAUAGGCUGCCAGCAAAUUAUGAAUUUAUGUUUGUUUGGCACAAACAUUGCUUUGUUUUCUUUUGGCAACAAUUGUUUGGAUACAAAGAAAAAAGUGUUUCUCGGGUGAGGAAGCAUUUGUUUGGAAACGUAUAAGACCGAAAUAAUUUUUUCGAAUCCAAAUUAAAUCAUUUGACUAACAUAAAAUUUCUUGUCCUCGAAGCAAUUAUUAUAAUAGAAGGGAGUUGGUUUAAUAAUUAAUUGAUGAAAUGGCGAGUAGUUGCAGAGCCUGCAAUAAUUUUAAAAUUUGUCCGGAAAAACUUCCGAUCAAAACGAAAUUUGACCGGAAAUUUGCAAAAUUGACCGGAAUUUUUUUUAGUUUAGUUUGACCAAGUCCAACCCCCACCCCCACCCCCGAUGAGCAAACUCUGUCAAACAUUAUAUAUAUAUAAGCGCCCUGGUUUUUAUCUUGACCCGACAACACCACGCUGUAAGCUGCCAUCUUGUUUAUUGGGCCCGUGAACUAUACCUUCCAGUUGAUUACUUUAUAUUUGCCUAAUAUAGAUAAUCCAAACUUACAGAUGGUACUUACUGUGCUGAGCGCCGACCCGAUCAUUAAGAAAACAUUUUUCUUUUUCUCAAAAUUUGGCCGGACAAAAUUUCCGAUCAUUUCAGCAUUUGGUCGGAAAAAUCGGAAUUUGGUCGGAAAACCGCCGGCCGCCGGCCGUUAUUUCAGGCUCUGUAGUUGUGUCUUGUUAUAUUAUUAUUAUUCAUUUAUGGAUCGAGAAAAAUUUGGAAUCUGCGAUUGUCUAGGAAUCGGAAUCUUCUUUUGCAUGUCGAACCGAUUACAGAUUUAAUUAAAAAGGUUUGCACGAACAGUCAGUAGACGGCCAUAUCAGUGUUUCGCUCGGACAAUGGCUGGUGGCUGACCGUUAUACUGUAUUACACACUGGUCUGUAGACACCUGGACGUAUUACAAAUGUCCAUCUUUUAAAUUAAAUUGUUGAUCAUUUUAUGUUUCAGAAUGGUGUGGGAAGUAUAAUGCAUCUUAUUCCAAUCUUAAUAUUUCUUGGAUUAUCUUUACUGACAUCACUAUUGGUGCAGGAUCCACCAUACAGUUUCAGUACUUCCGGGUAAGAUCUCGCCUCUUGUUCACAAAUUAAAAUUCCAGGGUGCUUGACCUCCUGAAACUUUUGAAAUCUAGAGUCUCUCAAAUGACCAAGCUUUCGUUGGUAGGGAUGCAACUACCUGAAAAUAUGUAAGGAGAAUUUCGACGUUUUGAGCGAAGCCCCUUCGUCUGGCCCUUAUAUUUUUUCAGAUUAAUCUCUCAAAUGGCAUUUCCUUGGCAUGACUUGCCCAGUGAGUACCAUAUGUAUCUGGAGCGCGAACUCGAGACAAUACACCAGUAUAGAAAUUUUUCCAUUCACAUGGGUUUUGAAAUGUUUUCCUGUAAUGGUCGCACACUGAACCAAGAGUCCAAGACUAAAGCUUGGUGCAUGAGCACCUGCCCUUACCUGAUCUGGCUGGAUGCUUCUUUGCUCCAAGGACUACAUUUCAAAUCCAGUUACCAGUAUCUGUAAUAUUUCUACUGUGAAUAAAUCAAGAGAUUUUUGAAUAAAAGUUUGAGUGACUGUUUUGUUUUUCUAGACCCUAUCGUCUACACAGAGUUACGCCUAAAUAUAAAGUUUCAUAUUUUGUACAG